AUGCAAGCAGUGGCAGCUGUCUGGCCUCGAGUACAGACCACCGAUUUGGAGGCAAAAAUUUCUCCUGGAGGCAAAGCCUCUGGGGCUUCCACUCCUGUGGCCAAGGGCCUUAAGAGGAAGGCCACCGAUACUCGACCUGGGGCUCCCACUCCUGCGACCGAGGACUCCAAAAUCGAGGCCUCUGGAAACAAAGGGAGUAAAGCUCCUGUGGCCAAGGACCUUAAGAGGAAGGCCACCGAUACUCGACCUGGGGCUUCCACUCCUGCGACCGAGGACUCCAAAAUCGAGGCCUCUGGAAACAAAGGGAGUAAAGCUCCUGUGGCCAAGGACCUUAAGAAGAAGGCCACCGAUACUCGACCUGGGGCUCCCACUCCUGCGACCGAGGACUCCAAAAUCGAGGCCUCUGGAAACAAAGGGAGUAAAGCUCCUGUGGCCAAGGACCUUAAGACGAAGGCCAUCGAGACUCGACCUGGGGCUUCCACUCCUGCGACCGAGGACUCCAAAAUCGAGGCCUCUGGAAAGAAAGGGAGAAAAGCUCCUGUGGCCAAGGACCUUAAGAGGAAGGCCACCGAGACUCGACCUGGGGCUUCCACUCCUGCGACCGAGGACUCCAAAAUCGAGGCCUCUGGAAACAAAGGGAGAACAGCUCCUGUGGCCAAGGACCUUAAGACGAAGGCCAUCGAGACUCGACCUGGGGCUUCCACUCCUGUGAAAGUCAAGUCCACCCCUGGCAACAAGGCUCCUGGAAAUACCUCCAUUAAGGGGGACAAGACCAAAGAAACCGAGGCCGGAUCCACUCCUGAUAGCAAGGAGAACAAGCCUCAUGUACAAGCUGGGGCAGCUGUCUGGCCUCAUGUUCGGAACACCUUGGAGGAGGGUAUUGGUGGAGAAGCCUCUGUGGGAAAGAUAAUUACCAGGAAGGUCACCGAGACUCGACAUGGGGCUUCCACUCCUGUGUACAAGGCAUCUGAGUCCAAAGACAGUGCCACCAAGAACAAAACCCAGCGAGUGAAGUCUGAAGUCAAAAUUCCAGAGACCAUAGUGUCCACUGACUUUUCAAUACUUCCGGUCACACAGCAGUCUGCACUGAAGGAGAAUUGCUGGGCUGACGUUACUAAGAAGUGUUUACCUCCUGUGAAAAAAAUGAAACAAGUUCAGAAAAAAUCACUCAAGGUGAUCGAAACAGAGACAUCCGAGGAAUACUCUCUCGAAGAAGAAAUCUUCACUGCCUUCCCAGUCCCUCAACUAAUCGGCCAAACUUCACAAGAGGUCGUCAUUCCCUAG